AUGCUGCGCAAACUCACCCUCGACCAGAUCAACGACUGGUUCACCAUCGGCAAGACCGUGACGAAUGUGGAGUUGCUGGGCUCACCGCCCGCUUUGCCCACCGAGGCGGCCAGGGAGGAGGCCCAGCACAAGGACGCGGCCCCAGGUGCUGGCCUUGCGGCCCCGGCCCCGGCCCCGGCCCCGGCCCCGGCCCCGGCCCCGGCCCCGGCCCCGAAAUUCAAAAGGUCACUCAGUCAAAGGAGCUCAGAAAUGGAGUAUAUUAACAAAUAUAGACAACUUGAAGCACAAGAACUUGAUAUGUAUGGCAGUGAUCGACCAACGAGUAGGCCAGGUCCAAGGCCACUUUUGGCUAAAGUAAGCAAUGUAACAUGCAUCCCAGAGACAACUUAUAAAUAUCCUGAUUUGCCUAUAAAUCGAUGUAAGGAAGAGGUUAUUUCUUUGAUAGAAAGUAAUUCUGUGGUAAUUAUACACGGUGCCACAGGAAGUGGUAAAAGUACUCAGCUUCCACAAUAUAUCUUGGAUCACUAUAUUCAACGCUCUACUUACUGCAACAUUGUGGUUACUCAGCCACGGAAGAUAGGGGCCAGCAGCAUUGCCAGAUGGAUUAGUAAAGAGCGCUCUUGGACUCUGGGGGGUCUGGUGGGCUAUCAGGUAGGGCUAGAGAAAAUAGCAACGGAGGACACUAGGCUGAUUUAUAUGACAACAGGAGUCCUUCUUCAGAAAAUAGUUAGUGCUAAGAGUUUGAUGGAAUUCACGCAUGUUUUCAUUGAUGAGGUACAUGAGCGAACUGAAGAAAUGGAUUUCCUGCUGUUGGUAGUCCGCAAACUUUUAAGAACAAAUUCACGUUUUGUGAAGAUAGUCCUGAUGUCAGCUACCAUCAACUGUAAAGAAUUUGCAGACUACUUUGCCAUUCCUAUUCAGAACAAGAUGAAUCCUGCAUAUAUUUUUGAAGUGGAAGGCAAGCCCCACUCAAUUGAAGAAUAUUAUCUUAAUGAUUUGAGGCACAUUCAUCCUAGCAGGCUUUCUCUUCAUCUCCUGGAGGAACCAGUGAUAACUAAAGAUAUAUACGAAGUUGCCAUUUCUCUCAUCCAGAUGUUUGAUGACUUGGAUAUGAAGGAGAGUGGGAACAAGACCCGGUCAAGUGCGCAGUUUGUGUUGGAACGAAGCAGUGUGCUGGUGUUUUUGCCAGGCCUGGGUGAGAUAAACUAUAUGCAUGAACUUCUUACAAACAUGGUUCACAAAAGGUUGCAGGUCUAUCCACUCCAUUCAAGUGUGACUUUAGAAGAACAGAAUAAUGUGUUUUUAAGUCCAGUUCCUGGGUACAGAAAGAUUAUUCUGUCUACCAACAUUGCAGAGAGUUCUGUCACAGUUCCAGAUGUCAAAUAUGUUAUAGAUUUUUGUUUGACUAGAACUCUGGUCUGUGAUGAAGAUACAAAUUAUCAGAGCCUGCGUUUGAGUUGGGCCUCUAAAACCAGUUGUAAUCAAAGAAAAGGCCGUGCUGGGCGAGUGUCCAGAGGGUACUGUUACAGACUGAUCCACAAGGAUUUCUGGGACAACUCCAUCCCUGAUCAUGUUGUUCCUGAGAUGUUGCGUUGUCCAUUAGGAAGUACAAUAUUGAAAGUGAAAUUACUUGACAUGGGUGAACCAAGAGCUUUGCUGGCGACUGCCCUAUCCCCGCCUGGCCUGAGUGACAUUGAACGGACUAUUCUUCUACUAAAGGAGGUUGGAGCACUUGCAGUGAGCGGGCAGAGAGAAGAUGAAAACCCCCAUGAUGGUGAAUUGACCUUCUUAGGAAGAGUUUUAGCACAACUUCCUGUUAAUCAGCAACUUGGUAAACUCAUAGUCCUUGGACAUGUAUUUGGAUGUCUUGAUGAAUGUCUUAUUAUAGCGGCAGCUCUUUCUUUGAAGAAUUUUUUUGUGAUGCCUUUUCGACAGCACCUUGAUGGAUACAGGAACAAAGUGAAUUUCUCUGGAAAUAGUAAGAGUGACUGCAUUGCACUUGUUGAGGCAUUUAAAACAUGGCAGGCCUGCCGACAAAGAGGAGAGCUGCGGCAUCCUAAGGAUGAACUUGACUGGGGGCGGUUAAAUUACAUUCAAAUCAAGAGAAUUAGAGAGGUGGCUGAAUUAUAUGAAGAGUUGAAGAAUAGAGUCUCACAAUUCCACAUGUAUGUUGGUUCUCGGCGACCUGUCAUGGAUCAAGAGUACAUAUAUAAGCAACGAUUCAUUCUGCAGGUUGUAUUGUCAGGUGCUUUUUAUCCAAACUAUUUUACUUUUGGACAGCCUGAUGAGGAGAUGGCAGUCAGAGAGCUGGCGGGCAAAGACCCGAAGACGACUGUCGUGUUGAAGCACAUUCCUCCCUAUGGAUUCCUUUACUAUAAACAACUACAGUCUCUUUUUAGACAGUGUGGUCAAGUCAAAUCCAUUGUAUUUGAUGGUGCAAAAGCCUUUGUGGAGUUUUCGCGCAAUCCAACAGAGAGAUUUAAAACCCUUCCUGCAGUGUAUAUGGCAAUUAAGAUGUCUCAACUAAAAGUCCCACUUGGACUCAGCAUUCAUUCUGCAGAGGAAAUUGAAGGGAAGGUGCGAGGAGGGAGUGUUUCAAAACUCAGGAACACAAGGGUGAAUGUGGACUUCCAGAAGCAGACAGUGGAUCCUAUGCAGGUCUCAUUUAACACAUUAAACAGAUCCCAGGCAGUUACAGACCUCCUUCUCACUAUUGAUGUCACAGAGGUAGUUGAAGUGGGACACUUUUGGGGAUAUAGGAUUGAUGAAAAAAACUCUGAGAUUCUGAAAAAGCUUACUGCUGAAAUAAACCAACGGAAAUUGGUACCCUUGCCCAUUCACCCACAUCCAGACUUGGUCUGUCUGGCACCUUUUGCUGAUUUUGAUAAAGAAAGCUACUUUAGAGCUCAGAUCCUUUAUGUUUCUGGAAAUGUUGCUGAGGUAUUCUUUGUAGAUUAUGGUAAUAGGUCUCAUGUAGAUCUCAAUCUUUUAAUGGAGAUUCCUUCUCAAUUUCUUGAACUUCCAUUUCAGGCUUUGGAAUUUAAGAUUUGCAAAAUGAGACCAUCGGCAAAGUCUCUUGUUUGUGGUGAGCACUGGAGUGGUGGGGCCAGCCGGUGGUUUGCCUCCCUGGUGAGCGGCUGCCCUCUCCUCGUGAAGGUUUUCUCUGUUGUGCACAAUGUCCUGCAUGUGGAUGUGUACCGGUACUUGAGAGUCCAGGAUGCCAUCAACAUAAGAGAUGUCCUCAUCCAGGAGGGCUACGCUGAGCUCACGGAGGAGUCCUAUGAGUCCAAACAAAGCCAUGAAGCUCUCAAGGGUCUCUUUUCCAAAUCAGUGGAAAACAUGACAGAUGGGUCAGUGCCAUUUCCCGUGAAAGAUGAUGAGAAGUAUCUGAUCCAGAUUUUGUUAGAGAGCUUUUCUUCCAAUAAACUGGGCUCUCCAAACUCUAAGGCACUGCUCCAUGGGCCUUUUAACCCUUAUGAACUAAAGUGUCAUAGUUUGACCAGAAUAUCCAAAUUCAGAAGUGUUUGGAUCGAGAAGGAGAGUAUCAACUCUGUCAUUAUCAGUGAUGCUCCUGAAGAUCUUCACCAGAGAAUGCUGGUUGCAGCUUCCCUGUCAAUCAAUGCGACUGGGUCCACCAUGCUACUGAGAGAAACCUCUCUGAUGCCUCACAUCCCUGGGCUCCCGGUUCUCCUCAGCAUGCUGUUCGCACCAGUAAUGGAGUUAAGAAUUGAUCAGGAUGGAAAAUACUAUACUGGAGUCCUUUGUGGUCUGGGGUGGAAUCCAACUACAGGGACACCUAUACUGCCGGAGCAUGACAUCGAGCUAGCGUUUGAUGUUCAGUUCAACGUGGAGGAUGUUGUUGAGGUUAAUAUUCUCAGGGCUGCUAUUAACAAGCUCGUAUGUGAUGGACCAAAUGGACUGGCAAAUCUUGGGUCAGAAAGAGUGGCACAGUUACAGGAUGAUGCUCGUCAGAAACUUCUAGGUUUGUUCUGUCAGAUGAAACCAAGAGAGAAGGUUGUUCCUAAGUGGCAUGAGAAACCCUACGAGUGGAAUCAGAUUGAUCCAGCGCUAGUCAUGGAGCCAGUUGACCAGGAGCGCAGCAGCAGGAAGAACACCUUUCUCUACCAGCUUCACAGGCUGGUUGUGCUCAACCCCUGA